UUUGCAGAGUUUCUCUCCCGUGCGGUGCCGAGCAAGCUGAUCGCAGGUGAUGUCGCAGAAUACAUCCAGCGCGAAUCUAAUGUUCGUCUAGAGACUGCCAGGCAAGAAGGGAUUAGUCUGGACGAAGUCUUCAUCGGCAUGGACUGUUUGCCAACUUGGAUUGGUAUGCAAUGGGAUCCUCAAAGAGAGUCUCUGCACUGCGCUAUCCAAGAUCGGCUGAUGGACUUGGAGGUCUCGAGUAUUCUGGGAGAUACUCUUCGGGAAGAGCUUAUCGACAAGGGGAACCGGAAACUCGAAGAAGCACGACAGCUCGGAAUGACCCUUGAGGAUAUUACGAUUGGAAAGGGGCUUCUGGCGACAUGGCGUACUCUAGAGUCCAACCAAGAGACGGGAGAUAAACGAACAGAGCUGAUAUACGAUGACGUUAUGCAGUCGACAACUGCGGCUCGAAAUUCACCCGAAAUCGUGUACGACUCAUCAAGCACAUACGAUAGCUGCUCUGACUUUGGCAGCAGCAGCAACGAUGGUGACCACAGCAGUAGCACCGAAGAUGAUGACGGAGUUGACGGCAUCAUCCAUAUGACCAAUAUGGUCAACCCCCAGCCGGAAUAUUCAGAAAGCGACGGCGAAGCUCCGCAUAUUCUUCACGACGUUGAGAUUGCAGGCGGCCGUGAGGGUUAUGGGGAUGUCGAUUUAGAGGUUUAUUUGGUGGAUGACGAUGACGAAGAAGUGGAGCGCUUGCCGGAACUUGAGCUCGCGAUUGAUGGAGAUGCGUUUAUACAUUACUUUGGCGACGAUGGAGUUAUGGAGGUGGAGAUUCCUGGCAUGGAUCUGCGGUGUUCG